GACCUUUUGCCUCUUUUAGGCCUGUGACGGCCGCAGACUGGAGGUUUCCAUCCUCCCUCGUUACUUCCGUGUUCGUGGCCUAACUAGCUUCCUCCGCGCGCGCUCUUGGCCCUAACUCCGCCUCCCCACCUAACCCGAAACCUGCCUAAAGACCCUAGUGACAGAUGAGAUAAUCAAUUCCCAUUGGUUUCUGUUACUUCCUUAUCUUCCCCUAUAUAACUAAGCCUCUGAUGGAAUAAAGCUGAGUUUUGCUGCACCCUUGAGGCUGACAUAUCUCGUGGCUUGGUGUGGUUUUGUUUUGCCCCGGAUCUCAGGGGAGGGUGUCCAAGCCACCGACACUUGCCCUCUCGCUCAGCCCCGGGGAUAACAGGCUGGUCCUGCUUGUCCCCCCACCUUCUUGUUGCUGAAGAGCAACAACUGGUGCCCCCUGUGAGGAUCAAGGAACUUCGCUGACGAGCUAAUUGGACUACGGAGUCCACAGUGAACCCAAUGAUACUGAUCUUCCUGCUAAUAGCGAUGAAUCUCCCAUUAGCUAAGACAGGAUUUGGAGAUCCCGCUCAAGCAAGAGCCAUACUACGAAAGACCAUCGGAGACCCCUGCAUGGCCUGCUCUUUCACCCAAACUCCUCCCCCCAAAACCUGUUACACUUCUAUCAAAAUCUGCCCUAAUGGGCAAAGGGCAGCCACACUCAUGAAAGGGACAGAAAAUGGAUGCCCUGGAAGAGUUCUCACUCAAAAGUGUUGGCCGGGCCCAAAAAUAUAUCCACCCUCUUAGCCUCCUGGAGAUCAGGGGACAAUUGCUUCUUGAUCCUGAGACACAAUCAAUCAUACAGGCUGCUUUUACCUUACUCAAUAGAACCAAUCCCGAUUUAGCUAAGGAUUGCUGGCUGUGCUUGAGGCCAGGACCAUUACAAGCCAAUGCUCUUCUUGUUAACCUGUCACAGACCGAGCCCCAGUGCCAGCUGUUACCCCCAAGUUCUAGAGUCUAUCUAGACCCUCUUUCCCCUAAAGGCCCAUGCUUCAAAGCUGACCCCAGUUAUGAUAAUAGUAGUGAGACAGAUGUGGGCUGAAUCCACUAUUCUUUCUGUCAACAAAAUAUUACUGUGAACAAUACCUUUCUCUAUCCCCCUAAUGGAACAGUCUUCAUUUGUGGGGAAGACGCGUUUGGCUUUCUCCCGAUGGACUGGACGGGGCUUUGUGCUCCAGCUGUAAUUUUCCCUGACAUUGGAGUGGUCCCUAAUAAUCAGAGCCUCCCUAUUCCUGCUUUAGACCACAUUGGAGGUAGAUCAAAAAGGGCCAUCCAAGUUAUCCCCCUGCUUAUAGGCCUUGAGGUGGCCACUGGAGCUGCCACUGGGGCAGCAGAAUUGGGGACCUCUCUGCAUUAUUAUAAAGCCCUUUCUCAACAGAUGAUCGAUGAUAUACAAGCUGUAGCCAGCACAAUUCUUGACCUCCAAGCACAAUUGGAUUCCCUGGCAACAGUAGUCCUACAGAACCGUAGGGGGCUUGAUCUCCUCACAGCUGAAAAGGGAGGCUUAUGUCUCUUUUUACAGGAAGAGUGCUGCUUUUAUGCGAACCGCUCCGGCAUAGUCCAAAAUAAGGUCAAGCAACUUCAAGAAGACCUCGAGAGACGCCGAAAAGAAUUACAAGCCAAUUUUCUUUGGACUGAGUUACAUGGGUGGUUGCCCUAUAUUCUGCCCUUCCUUGGUCCUAUCCUUCUUUUGCUCCUGCUUUUCACUUUUGGGCCCUGCAUUAUUAACAAGAUUAUCCAGUUUGUCCAAAAAAGAAUUGAAUCAAUUUAGUUGAUGUGAGUGCAGGUACAUUACCAGAGAGUUGCCACGGAAGCCAGUGACCCCUACGAUCGCUGUGAACCUUAUUAUGAGGCCAUGUCCGUUAAUUCCCCCUAACUAUCUCCCCACACGGCCAUGACAGGUAAGAUCUCCAAGGUGGAGACAACCUAAGACAGGCCACGGAGGAUGAGUAAGCUUGGGACAACCAAAAAGCUGCAAGGUACCCAGUGACGGGUAAGAUCCCCAGAGGGGGACAACCUAAGACAGGGGCCUUGCCUGCCGGGACAUCCCAGAGCAUUUAUAAAGCAAAAAGGGGGAAUUGUUGGGACCUUUUGCCUCUUUUAGGCCUGUGAAGGCCGCAGACUGGAGAUUUUCAUCCUCCCUCGUUACUUCCGCGUUCGUGGCCUAACUAGCUUCCCCCGCGCGCGCUCUUGGCCCUAACUCCGCCUCCCCACCUAACCCGAAACCUGCCUAAAGACCCUAGUGACAGAUGAGAUAAUCAAUUCCCAUUGGUUUCUGUUACUUGCUUAUCUUCCCCUAUAUAACUAAACCUCUGAUGGAAUAAAGCUGAGUUUUGCUGCACCCUUG